CAAAGGGUCUAGAACCCUCUCCAAGUCUCCCCGCCGUACUUUUAUCUACGAAGUAUGGUCAAACCCAGCUCUAAAGAAUUGAACCAUUUAUAGUGGUGCCACUGUUUGGCAAAAACACCACGCUUGCAGCACACCUAACACCUCCCCUUUCCUGUCCCAUGCCUUGUGACGCCCGCCAAUUUAUCACUGACGAAUGCUUGUCCUGCCGAACCAUCCACCAAUUCAUCCCGUCCAUCCAUCUCGAACAGGCUAUCCCCCAACCGCUCAGGGCAGGCUGCUCCACUCAUCACCACCUUCAACAGCAUCUUCCCAUUCUCGUCGGCCCCAUCAGGCGGCAUUGACGUCACUACCAGCUGCUGGUUCGACAAGACCUCAAGUCGUGACCCUGAAAGCUGAGGAAGCGUUGCCAAAGUCGUACGGAGACGAGGGGUAGCAGUGCAGCGCUCUGGGGUAGUAGAAACUAGAGGCACAUUGGCAUCACCUGCUGCUUAUAUCACUUCCUGGUAAGUGAUUGACACGUUCUCUUGGUCUCUUGAUACUGUCAUGCAUAUAUAUCUCCAAGUCUGGAGAGAUCAUCCUCGGCCCAGAGUCCCUGUAUUACGUCCUCAUCAGAACAUGAAAUGGUCCUCCCAGUUCUCUGAUUCUCGUCCGCUUUUUGACACCAUCUGCUACAACAUCAUCUUUCACAUUUCUUCCAAGCAGAGCAUAUAAGGGAACUCGAACUAGCAACUAGUAUUAACACUGUUCGUAAUGGAAACACAGGUUCAAACAACAACCCAUCAGCACGACCCUUGGGCUGCCACCCAUCAGGUCAUUCUUCAAUCAGCCACCAUGGAUCCUAAGCAACGUUUCUAUAACCAUUUCCUGGAUAGUGUCACAGUACUCGAAGACCUGAUCGACGAGCUACCAUCCAUUGCAAGUGUCGGUGGUGAGCGCCAGGAGGCCAUUGACCACAUUCUAGCCAGUGUCGCCAAGCUACAAAACGAAGUGUCAGAUGCUGCCGAUUACACACCUUCUUAUGAUAGAAAACAGUACUCCGAGACCAUUAAGACUCUCCAGGACAAAUUGAACGCGACAAUCACCAAAAUCACACCAAAGUCAAAAUUUCAGUUUCGUCGUAAGACCGACCACGUUGAUAUGGGCGCUCCUGAGAACGACCCUCGACUUAGCCCUGGAAGCCAUUCUCGGGCCAAGCAUGAUUCGUCCAUUGCAUCUACCAUCGUCAGUCCUCCUUCGGCGGUAAAGGAAGACACUCUCAGCGAAUUACCUCCCAAGGAUGCAUACAAAAAUUACAAUGAAGAGAUGGCUCGACCUAGCGCAUCUUCCCUUCGUAAGCCCAGCUUCUCGGCUGCCAAGAAUAUUAGCAUUUCGAAUCAUUCAGGGCUACACAUUAUUCUACCGUCUUCAGCGUCCCGUGCCACCUCUUCGGGCAGCCUCACUGAUCUCAAGAAUUGUAUCAUCGACAUGUCUAUUCCGACAUCCUCGGGCUCAGCUUUCCCUGGCCUCGCUAUUAAGAACGUGUCCAAGAGUCUUAUCGUCGGGGGUCGUGUCAGCGGCGCAGUCCAUAUCACAGGAGUGUCUGACAGCACUAUAGUUGUUGUAGCCAGGCAAGUACGGAUUCAUGAGUGCAGUAAUGUGGACAUCUACCUGCAUUGUGGCAGCCAUCCUAUCAUUGAGGACUGCUCAGGAAUGCGAUUUGCACCUCUGCCGAAGCCCUAUGUAAGAGGUAAUCUUAGUAUACGAAUAGCUAUACUAACAGGCGCAUAGAUGACUGACGCUGAGGAGCCUGAAGAAAACCAGUGGGAUCAGGUCGAUGACUUUAAGUGGCUCAAGGCUGGUCACAGUCCUAACUGGACCACUCUGUCCGAAAACGAAAGGCUCAGUGAUGACCAUUGGAGAUCUGUCGUCCCUGGCCAGCCUGGUGUCAGUGUAGAGGAGUCCUUGAAAAAGCUGGGUAUUCCACGGAGGUGAUGACCAUGAUGAACAGUUAAGGCAUGAAAUUCAUACCCAGCCACGGGCUUCGUAUCUACAGAUUAGGUAGAACGCAACGCGCAAUCAUAAAUCCUUUUAUUUAAUGCGAAACCCCAAACACCCUGCUGAUAAAACAAGGUAACAACCUUGCUAAAAGUGAUACUCUAAUUCCAAAAAUCAUACGUGGCCC